UACGUACCGAAACAUUAUAAAGAGAAAGCGCCAUAAGUUGAAGAUCACUGGUACCGGAUCGUAUCAGAUAAAACAGGUGCACCAUAAGAAAGUGACCAAUCGGAGUAGCGAUGGGCAGUUCGUCAUACAGACGUAUGAGACAGUCGUCAUCGGACGUCAGUACACGGGGGGUAAGGAAGGAAAAUACGAAGCAGCGAGGGCUGUCAAGACACCUCGCCCACAAAAAGCAGAUGCAGAUGCGACCGGGCGGUGAACACGUGCGACGCUUUUUUGUGACGGGCGCGUGAACACGCGGUGAAAUGUUUAAAAAGUUGUCGCGGAGCGACGCCCUCGAGGAAAUAUCCAAUUGGAGCACCAAUGAUGUAUCGUGUUUGCUUCGAAAGAAUGGCCUGGAAGAAUGCUGCAAAGCUAUCACAAAACGACAGAUCGAUGGUGAUGAGCUGCUGCACUUGACGGAAGGGAAGCUGGCGCUGUGGAAGAGUGACCUCACACGUCCACUGAUAUGGAGUCUUUGGACAUUUGUGGAGGAAGUGAAGAAAACGCCGGAGAAAUUCGUAGAAGAAAAGAUUCUUAAACUUCAAUUAUCCGAAGACCACCUGAGCGACACCGGUUCCUGGGGGACUGACUUUGAGGAUGAAACGACUGAGGAAAAUACUCUAUCGAGGACCCAGAAGGUCUAUCAAUCGAAUUAUGGAUCUAGAAGCGACCGCAAAGCAUCAGAAAAGAAGACAGAUAUUAAAGAAGAAGAUGUACGAACAAAGGAAGUUCCCAGGCAAGAAGAAGAAGGGACAUACGCCAAUUGUGGGCCCAUUCAGAAUGAAGAGAGCAUGUACGAGAAUUAUCAGGAAUCAGAAACUGUGCUAUCCAAGAAUACGUCCAGAUUGCAUGGCCAAGGGGAAAAGUCUUUGGCCGAGCAACUUAAGGAGCAACUUAAGGAGCAACUAAAAUUGAGAAAUAACAAGAAACCAAUGGCGGUACCGAAGCCUAAAUCGUUGGAAAUGAGAAAUGUCGAUGUUUUGGCUUUAACUCAGCCGCGAAAGUCGUUUCUUCAUAAUACAUCGAAAACCAGACCAAACAAUUCUAAUCAAACACAAAAAAGAAUGACGGUACCUCCUCCACCGCAACCCAAAAAGAAUAAAGAUCAAACAGUGAUUAUCGAGAAGUUGAAUAAGGAUCAAACAAAACCUCCGAUAACACUCAGAAGUCUCGAUUUAGUUGCCAAUUUGCCCACAAAGACAGAAGAAAGUGAAGACGAGUAUGAAGCAUUUGAUGAACAAAUAAUUGAACAAAAUCAAAAAAGGAACAUGUUAAGGGUGGAUAGUAAACAAUCAUUGACUAGUGGCCAUCAGAGUUCCGUAGAAAGUGUUUAUCAACCACCUAGUGUUACAAGCUACGAAGAAGAAGAAGAACAUUAUGAGAUUUAUGAAUCAAUUACUGAAAUACCAGAUAAUGGGUACUAUUUAAAUCCCAUUCAGAAGCAAACGAAUAUAAAAGCACCACCGCCACUGCCAGCAAAGCCUCCCCCAGCAUCGACUACUCCCUCUCCAAUUCUGAACCGAGCCGACUCAGAGAAGCUGAAAGAGAGAUCUCCUGAGAAGAAAUCAGCUACAUUGCCUCAUUCUAAUAGUAAUACUUCUCUACCGUCGGAAAGAGCCACGAGACCAUUGCCACCUCCGCCUGAAAGACAAUCCUACGUUGACAAGCCUUGGUUCCACAAUGUUACCAGAGAGCAAGCAACAGCUCUUAUCGAAGAACGAAGUACUUACGGUAAUCCUCAAGACGGAUAUUUCCUCCUGAGACCGUCCACGACAUACGUAAACAAUCCUUUGGCUCUGGUACUCUGGUACAAGGAUAGAGUGUAUAAUGUCCCAGUCAGGAAGAGGCCUGACAACAGGUAUGCAUUAGGCUCAGCAAAAGUGAACGAGGAAUCGUUCUCAAGUGUCGAGGAAAUCGUGAUGUUUUACAUGAGAGAGGAAUUGGUGCUUCAAAGUUGUGGCGUGGAAAUGGGAAGCACUAAGUUAACUGAUACUCCAUCCAAAUAAAUCUUUAGAAGUUGUCACAAACCAGCUUGUACAAUGCAAACACUGCCUAAAUGAGAGCUUUAAAAGGAACUUAAGCUCAGACAAUAGUUUGCAUGUGUUUAUUCAAGUGCCUUUUUGUACUCGUAACAAGUCCAAAACUACUUUGUAUAUUUUUUAUAAGGUUCGAAUGUAUUUAUAUGAAUUAAGUACUCGCAUGAAAAAAUAUUUAGUAUUUAAAAGGAAGAAAGAAAGAGAACGGAUGCCUGACGAGAAGAAUUACGCACGUA